UGGAUUCUAUGUGCAAGCUAACACAUUUGUCCAUUCUACAAAUAGUGUUAUACCUUCUACUUCAAAUAUCUUUUUGUUCCCAGUGAAUUACUUGCAACAUUUAAUAUUGAUUUUCAUUUGUUCCAUUGUUAUUAUCAUAUAAAUAUAAAUACUUUCAUGAUUUAGAGGACAGAUUCAUUACGUGGUAUAUUUGGCGAGACAAAUCAAAGUGAACUGGCUGCUUUCAUUUCAUAUGCGCUGGCAUUUCCGAGUGGAUUCCUUGCCCUUGUUGAUACGUAUGAUGUUAUGCGAAGUGGAAUUCCCAACUUCUGUGCAGUCGCUUUAGCUCUUAAUGAGUUGGGGUAUAAAGCCUCUGGAAUUAGGUUGGACUCUGGUGAUCUAGCCUAUUUGUCUGUUCAGGUUCGUAAAUUCUUUUGUGCAGUGGAAAAGGAAAUUGGAGUACCUGGUUUCAGUAGAACUUUUAUUACAGCUAGCAAUGAUCUUAAUGAGGAAACACUCGACCACUUGAACAAGCAGGGACAUGAGGUUGAUGCCUAUGGAAUUGGGACAUAUCUUGUUACAUGCUAUUCCCAAGCUGCUCUUGGUUGUGUUUUUAAACUAGUCGAAAUAAACAGUCAGCCUCGAAUCAAACUUUCUGAAGAUGUUUCAAAGGUCUCCAUACCAUGUAAAAAGAGAUGUUUCAGACUGUAUGGAAAAGAAGGCUAUGCAUUGGUUGAUAUAAUGACUGGGGAAAAUGAACCACCACCUAAGAUAGGAGAGCGUAUUCUAUGUCGUCAUCCAUUUAAUGAAUCAAAGAGGGCGUAUGUAGUGCCACAGAAUGUUGAGGAACUUAUGAAGUGUUACUGGGCUGGAAAAUCAGGUAAAUUGAGAGAAGAACUACCUCCAUUGAAAAAGAUUAGAGAUCGUUGCAUGCAGCAGCUGGAACAAAUGCGACCUGAUCACAUGAGGAGGUUAAAUCCAACCCCAUAUAAGGUCAGCGUGAGCGCAAAGUUGUACGACUUCAUUCAUUUUCUAUGGCUCAAUGAAGCACCAGUUGGCGAACUGCAGUAAGCGAGAGAUGGAGAUAAAUUUAAUAGACCGUCAUAGCAACAGUAUUAAAAUGUCCAAAAAGUUUUUUGCCCAUAAUUUAUUUUUUACUUAGAUAUGAGAAUGUAAAAUGUAUAUCAGAUGUCCUGUUGUAGCAACUUGUUUUGUUAAGAAUCGUCAUUUAGGUUAUAGAUUGUUCAUUCAAAUAAGGGGGAUUAUUUUUCAGUAUGUAUGUACAACUUGUUCAGUUACCGUCAGUCAUUCACUUGAUUCUUUAGAUCAUACAAUAAUGAAGAGGCCAUAUGCUGCAUGCAAGCCCACAGCCGAAGAGGGAAUAAUAAAGACACCGAUAUUUGUCUGUACAGCUCAUCCUUUUGUUUUCUUGAUGAGAAUUUUGUUAUCUUUUGCUGUAUUUUUUUGUUUGGACAAAUGUUGAUUGAUUGGAGGUUGUGGCAUAGAUUGUGACAGGAAUAGGAAAAGACAUGAAUAAUGUUGUUUCCUUUGUCUUU